AGUUGGCAAAUAAGUGGUUGAAAACCAUGGCAAACCAUUAUAUUAAAUACUUAUUACAAGUAUUAAUGUAAGUCGGUCAAUAAUGGAAGGUGAUGACAAAACAUCAUUCUGGAAGAAAAAUCUUAAGAAUGUUCCUGGAAGGCCCAGUCCAAAGAAGGAUGUCAAAGCUACUAAUAGAAAUAAAACCCAAGGCUCCACUUCUUUCCAGGAUUUUCAAGCGUCAGUUAGUGAUGCCUGGGCUAUGGAUGAUGAUGAAUUUUGUUCAGGAUUAAAGGAUACCAAAAUAUCCAAAAAAGUGUCUCAGUCAGCAGCUCUAAAUGUCCUCAAUACUCAUCGCACCGCUUCAGAAAACCAACUUUCUUUAGAAACAAUAAGUGACUCAUUUCAGGUUACUGGUGAAAGUGAUGUAGUGAGAAUUAGUUCUAUUCCUGGAAGACCAUUGCAAUUGCACUGUUUAAAUACCCCCCAUGAAGAAGACAAUGAUUCCAAGUUGGAGAGAUUUGAAACAAUUUUGGGAAACUCUCCCACCCUACAAGACUUAUGUAAAGUAAGCUGGUCUGGUAUUCCUGUCAAAGUUAGGGGAAUUACCUGGAGAUUGUUAUCCGGGUACCUUCCAAUAAAUCUCGAAAGACGCAAUGAGGUUUUAGAGAGAAAAAGACAAGACUACUGGACCUUAGUGGCAAAGUAUUACUAUGCAGAACAUGAUGAAGUUAACCGUGAUAUACAACACCAAAUACACAUUGAUGUGCCAAGAAUGAACCCCAGCAUUGCACUAUUUCAACAAAAAACUGUUCAGAUUAUGUUUGAACGAAUAUUGUUCAUUUGGUCUAUAAGACAUCCUGCAUCAGGGUAUGUCCAAGGUAUUAACGACCUAGUAACACCAUUUUUUGUUGUCUUUCUUCAAGAAUUUUUAAAUGAUAAUCAAUUAUUUGAGACUUACAUUGUUGACAAUUUGAGUGAAGAACAACAAAAAAUUAUUGAGGCAGAUUCAUUUUGGUGCCUAUCAAAAUUUUUGGACGGAAUUCAAGACAAUUAUGUAUUUGCCCAGAUAGGUAUCCAGAAGAAGGUCCUACAACUGGAGGAGUUAAUAAAAAGGGUUGAUGAAACCUUACAUAAGCACCUUAAACAACAUAGUGUCAGUUAUCUGCAGUUCUCUUUUAGAUGGUUGAACAAUUUAUUGACAAGAGAACUUCCCUUAAGAUGUACAAUUCGUCUAUGGGAUACCUAUCUAGCAGAAAAUGAUUGCUUUGCAACAUUUCAGCUGUAUGUGUGUGCUGCAUUUUUGCUAUAUUGGAAAGAAGAUUUGAUGAAACAGCAUGACUUCCAAGGACUGCUUUUACUGUUACAAAACCUUCCCACCCAAUCAUGGACUAGCUCUCAAAUAAGCAUGUUAGUGGCAGAAGCUUAUAAAUUAAAAGUAAUGUUUGCUGAUGCUCCAAACCAUUUAAUUUCCAAUGAUACAAUAGGAUAAUUGAAUUUUUCAUUUUUAUUUUAGUUUUUAUUUUUUUCUAUUUUAAGAUAAUGUUGCUCCUUAAAUGUAAAUACAUGACGUCGCAUAUUUUUAUAUUGUCCAUUAAAAAAAUAAAGUUUGA